GUUUGUUUUUAAAUUUUUAUUAGUAAACGAGACUCCAUUAAAGGCCAUCAAAAUUUAUGAUAUUUGUGAUUAUCCAAACGCUUUCUCCGUCGCAGCUUCCGCGAGCUGCGUUUGCUGCAAUUCAAUUGCAUCAGACGAAAAGAAUUCAGUUCAUUUCCCCUUUCAAUACAUCUUCAUUAUUCCAAUUAGAUUCUGCUCUUCACCAGUGGAUUCACUUUCCCCCACAAUAUCUCUAUACACGGAUUUGUGCGUAAAUCAGCAGGGCAGUUCGUGUUCAUCUGUCAAUUACUGGAGUGAAGUCCACUCCGGUGAUACCCCACUCGAUCCAUCGUUUUGUAUUUGUACCGCCGGAAGAUACACUCUCCGCUUCACUUCCCGAUUUUGUCUCAACUACAGCACGGCGACUUCGUGCUGCCAGGUGGGCUAUUGAGGACUGUUAAUCCUGCCGAACUCGUAGGUUGGAGUAAUUGAUUCGUUGAUGCUUGCUGCAUGGGAUGGGACGGCUGUAUGUGUUUGAUGAUGAAUUGGGCGUGUGAAGUGGCUUUGAGUCCAGUUCUGGCUUGCUCAAUCGUGUUCACAUCUCCGAUAGGAUGAAUUCAGAUGUUAGCAGAGCUGGUGGACCGGUUGAAAGGGACAUUGAGCAGGCUGUAACUGCUCUUAAGAAAGGGGCACACUUGCUCAAGUAUGGAAGAAGAGGAAAACCCAAAUUUUGUCCUUUCCGUUUGGCAAAUGAUGAAUCUACUCUAAUUUGGAUUUCGGGUAAAGAGGAGAAAUAUCUUAAGCUGAGUCAUGUCUCCAGAAUAAUAUCUGGACAACGUACUCCAAUUUUUCAAAGAUAUCCAAGGCCUGAGAAGGAGUACCAAUCAUUCUCCCUGAUAUACAAUGACAGGUCUUUGGAUUUGAUAUGUAAAGACAAAGAUGAAGCAGAAGUCUGGUUUAGUGGCUUAAAGGCAUUGAUUUCACGUGGUCAUCAACGAAAGUGGAGAGAGUCAAGAAGUGAUGGGAUUUCAUCAGGUGCUACUAGUCCCAGGACCUACACACAAAGAAGUUCCCCAUUGCAUUCUCCAUUUGGUAGUAGUAAUAGCUCACAAAAGGAUCUUAGUGAUCAGCUAAGGCUUCACAGCCCAUAUGAAAGCCCACCAAAAAAUGGUAUGGGCAAGACUUUCUCUGAUGCCAUAUUGUUACCUCCCAAAUCAUUCUUCCCUUCAGAUUCUGCUAGUGUCUCUCUGCAUUCCUUGUCUUCUGGUGGCUCAGAUGGAAUACAUGGUCACAAGGCAACAGCGAUAGAUGGUUUUAGAGUAAGCCUUUCAAGUGCUGUUAGUUCAACAAGUCAAGGUUCUGGGCAUGAUGAUGGAGAUGCCCUGGGUGAUGUUUUUAUAUGGGGUGAAGGUACUGGGGAUGGUGUAAUGGGCGGUGGACCCCAUCGUUCUGGACGCUCUUUGGAUGUCAAAAUGGAUUCUUUAUUGCCUAAAGCUUUAGAAUCUGCUGUUGUAUUAGAUGUGCAGAAUAUAGCUUGUGGUGGUUGCCACGCUGCUCUAGUCACAAAGCAAGGAGAAAUAUUCUCAUGGGGUGAGGAAUCAGGAGGCAGACUUGGGCAUGGUGUUGAUUCAGAUGUUUUGAACCCAAAGCUUAUUGAUUCCCUAAGCAUUACAAACAUAGAGCUUGUUGCUUGCGGCGAACAUCAUACAUGUGCUGUAACACUUUCUGGUGAUCUGUAUACUUGGGGUGAAGGUCAUUUUGGUCUUCUUGGGCAUGGGAAUGAAGUAAGCCAUUGGGUUCCAAAGAGAGUAACCGGGCCUUUAGAGGGUAUCCAUGUCUCGUAUAUCUCUUGUGGACCAUGGCACACUGCUGUUGUGACCUCGGCUGGGCAAUUAUUUACCUUUGGUGACGGAACCUUUGGUGUUCUUGGCCAUGGAGAUAGAAAAAGCAUUUCUAAACCCAGGGAAGUGGAAUCUCUCAAGGGGCUUCGGACUGUACGAGCAGCUUGUGGUGUUUGGCAUACUGCUGCUGUUGUAGAAGUGAUGGUUGGAAACUCAAGCUCCAGUAAUUGUUCUUCUGGAAAGCUGUUUACAUGGGGAGAUGGUGAUAAAGGUCGACUUGGACAUGGUGACAAGGAAUCAAGACUUGUGCCGACCUGUGUUGCUGCUCUGGUUGAACCCAACUUUUGCCAGGUCGCUUGUGGACACAGCUUGACUGUUUCUCUAACCACUUCAGGUCAUGUAUACACCAUGGGAAGCCCUGUUUAUGGCCAGUUAGGAAAUCCUCAAGCUGAUGGGAAACUUCCAUGUCGUGUUGAAGCAAACCUUGCAAAGAGUUUUGUGGAGGAAAUAGCUUGUGGUGCUUACCAUGUUGCUGUGUUGACCUCCAGAACUGAGGUUUACACGUGGGGAAAGGGAGCAAAUGGUAGACUGGGUCAUGGGGAUAUGGAUGACAGAAAUUCACCAACUUUAGUUGAAGCUCUAAAAGACAAGCAAGUCAAAAGCAUUGCCUGUGGUACCAAUUUUACUGCAGCUAUCUGCCUUCACAAGUGGGUUUCAGGGGCAGAUCAAUCCAUGUGUUCAGGAUGUCGACUACCUUUUAAUUUCAAAAGGAAACGGCAUAACUGUUAUAAUUGUGGACUUGUCUUUUGUCACUCAUGCACCAGUAAGAAAUCCCUGAGGGCAUCUAUGGCACCGAAUCCUAAUAAAUCAUACCGUGUUUGCGAUAAUUGCUUUUUAAAAUUAAAAAAGGCAGCCGAAACUGAUGCUUCAAGUCAGUCUUCCAUGAGAAGAGGAAGCAUGGGUCAGGGACUUAAUGACAUUAUCGAUAAAGAAGAGAAAAUGAAUACUAGAUCCCGUCCUUAUUUCGCCACGUUUUCUUCAAUGGAAUCCUUUAUCCAAGGGGAAGGUCAUACUUCCAAACAAAAUAAAAAGUUGGAACUUAAUAGCAGUCGUUUAUCACCUAUUCCAUCCAGUAGCUCUCAAUGGGGAACUCUCAAUUCCUCCAGACCUUUUAAUCCAGCAUUUGCUUCAUCUAAGAAAUUUGUUUCAGCUUCAGUUCCUGGAUCAAGAAUUGUUUCUAGAGCAACAUCUCCAGUAUCAAGACGACCAACUCCACCUCGUUCUACUACACCUACCCCAUCUCUCGGUGGGCUUACUUCAGAUAAUCCUAAGAAGACACUUGAUAACCUUGAACAAGAAGCCAUCAAACUUAGAGCACAGGUGGAAAAUCUAACACGCAAGGCUCGACUUCAAGAGAUAGAACUAGAAAUGACUACCAAACAACUGAAGGAGGCAAUGGCAGUAGCAGAGGAGGAGAGUACCAAGUGCAAAGCGGCAAAAGAAGUGAUCAAGUCACUUACUGCUCAGCUCAAAGACAUGGCUGAGAGAUUACCGGUCGGGGCAGCCCGGAAUAUCGAGCCUCCCAUAUCUGCUUCCUCUGGCUUAGGUCCCUUCUCUAGUGAUGUUUCAAAAGUAUAUAUUGAUGAUGAUAUUGGACAGUUAUCUUCUCAUGAAUUAGAGUCAAUUGGAUCUAAAAGCCAUCUACUUUCUAAUGGAUCAAGUAUCGCUGGUAAUUGGAACAUUGGUCAUGUGAAUUCUGAUGCAAUGGCAAGAAAUGGGAACAGAAAAAAAGACAGUGAUCUCCGAAAGGAGAAUGAAUGGGUUGAGCAAGAUGAGGCCGGAGUGUAUAUUACACUUACCUCUUUGCCGGGUGGCAUGAAGGAUCUUAAGCGUGUCCGCUUCAGCCGCAAGCGGUUUAGUGAGAAACAGGCUGAACAGUGGUGGGCAGAAAACAGAGGUAGAGUUUACAAACAGUACAAUGUACGCACAGUUGACAAGUCGAGUAUUGCCACCGGAAGUGAGGAAUAAACUCCAACAUGUUACUCUUACAUCCACACUAAUAAAAGGUCUUUUCUUGUCACCUUCCUCAACGUUACCGCUUUAGCCACAUAACACCCAAUUAGAACUGAGUUGAGGGUUGAAUUAGAAUUAGUUGUUUGCUUGUGGGGGUUUCUGUCCAAUCCUGCUUACCCAUCAUUCUUUUUUAGCACCCUAAUUUCCGAUGGCCUGGUAUAGUUCAUUUUCUUUGACCUCCUUGAUCAUGCCUUUUACCGAAGAAUUGUGAGGACGUGAGGGUUAGAAAUGUAAAUUCAGCUUAGUGUAUUGCCGCUUUUCUGUUGGAAAUAGAUUGUAAAUUUCUGCAUUUUACUUUUUCAGUUUUCUUCCAAUGAACUGGCUCACAAAUUACAUGUAACACCAAGUUAACUCAUGUAACAAAUUGCAUUUAUAAAGGUGGGGAUGUUUUCUUUCUGUCAA